GUCAACACCCUUCUUAUUAGCCGUUCUCCAUUAUCAGUUACCACUUCUCUCACCGACAGCAUGCCCCCUCACGAAGGACUGGUCCACCCCAAAGAAUACGAUAUCAAGGACAGCAAUGUGGAACUAAUCGGUUCCGACCUUGACCACCGUGUCAAGUACAACUCCGCCGCUACCGAGCCCGCUUGGAACAACGGAUCUAUCGGCCAGGAGCCGGGUUUGUUCGUGUGGAGGAUCGAGAACUUCGAGGUUAUACCAUGGCCCAAGGAGCGGACGGGAGAGUUCUACAACGGAGACAGCUACAUCGUGCUGCACUCGUACAAGGUGGGGGACAAGCUGGGUCAUGACAUCUUCUUCUGGCUGGGCAGUAAGACCACCCAGGAUGAAGCCGGUACAGCCGCUUACAAGACGGUCGAGCUGGAUGAAUUCCUGCAUGGCACCGCGACGCAGCAUCGCGAGAUUGAACAGGAGCCAUCCGAGGAAUUCUUGGGACUGUUCCGGCACAUCUCCAUCCGGUCGGGCGGCGUGCGGUCUGGAUUCCACCACGUCGAGCCUGAAGCACCCAAGGAGAUUCUCACCUUGCUUCGUGUGUUCAAGCAUCCUUCUGUAGGUCGCUCGAUUAUCGUGCACGAGGUGGAGCCCACCUGGGAAAGCCUCGACGAGAAUGAUGUGUUCGUGCUGGACAAGGGCGAUAAGAUCUGGGUCUGGCAGGGCAAGAACUGCAGCCCCAUGGAAAAGGCCAAGGCUGCGCAGGUGGUCAAUGACAUGACUCUUGCUAAGCAUAUUGAUGUUGAGGUUCUGUCGCAGCUCGAGUCGCGCUCCAGGGUCAUUGUGGACUUGCUGGGAGGCAAGGAGGCCGACCCAUCCACAUUCCAGGCUCCGCGACCGGGGCGUUUCGCCCAACGCACGGACGAGGGCGGUGAUGUGCGGUCACGCAAGCUCUUUAGACUGAGCGAUUCGUCCGGCACACUCACUUUCGACCUGGUCAAAGAUGGCCAGCGUGUGAGCAAGUCCGACUUGGUUGGAAACGACAUCUUUCUCUACGAUGUUGGCAGUCGGCUGUGGGUCUGGCAAGGCUCCGAGGCCAGCCAGCGUGAGAAAGCGUUGUGGCUCAAGGUUGCCCAACACUACGUCCGUCAGCUGCAGAACCAGCUCCCAGAGGCGCACUACAUCCCGAUCGCCAAGGUCGUGGAGGGCUACGAGAGCCCGGCAUUCAUGAGAGCCAUCGAGGCCUAGGUAUGUGCUUAGGCCAUAUUUGUGUAAUAUAUAUGUGUGUGAAACAAGCAUCGAUGACCCCAGCACAGUUACUGGAGCGGCAGGUUCCACACAGUCACAGUCCAUCGUCUAGGGUAGUAUAUACCAUCAAAGGUCCAGUACCUUGGAUCUAUCGAAAAUGAUUCAUUGAACAUCAGUCAGAGAAAUGUAA